AUGAUCAAACAACAACAACCAUCAGAAGCCAGCUCAUCAAAUAAUCACACUGGAAAAACAUAUUCGAGUUCAAUUGAUGACUAUCAUGUACUAGAGUUGAUUGGAGAGGGUUCUUUUGGAAAAGUGUUUAAGGGCCGAAGAAAAUAUACGAGCCAAAUAGUUGCAAUGAAAUUUAUUCCGAAGAAGGGAAAGAAUGAAAAAGAGUUAUACAACCUACGUCAGGAGAUCAACAUUUUAAAAAAGCUUAACCAUGAGAAUAUAAUUUUGCUUCUGGAUUCGUUUGAAACGAAGGAAGAAUUUUGUGUGGUGAUGGAAUAUGCACAGGGAGAACUUUUCGAAAUUUUGGAAGAUGACGAACGUUUGCCUGAGGAUGUUGUCGCCAAAAUUGCCAAGCAAUUGGUUAGAGCGUUGCAUUACUUGCACUCCAACAGAAUUAUACACAGAGACAUGAAACCACAAAACAUUUUAAUUGGUUCCGAUGGUGCCAUAAAGUUGUGUGAUUUUGGGUUUGCCAGAGUCAUGUCGUGCAAUACGAUGGUACUCACAUCCAUCAAAGGCACGCCGUUGUAUAUGGCCCCGGAAUUAGUUCAAGAACAACCCUACAAUCACACUGCGGACUUGUGGUCAUUGGGUGUGAUUUUGUAUGAACUUGUUGUCGGAAAGCCUCCCUUCUUCACUAACAACUUCUUCUCUCUCAUUCAAUUCAUUGUAAAGGAUCCUGUAAAAUAUCCACCAUACAUCAGCCCUCCGAUGAAAAGCUUCCUUAGAGGAUUGUUAAACAAGGCACCGAAACAACGAUUGGAUUGGCCAAAAUUAUUGGAUCAUCCAUUCGUGAGAGAAACAAAAGAAGAAAGAGAAUUGAGAGAACGAAUGCUACAAGAAAAUAUUGGAAGAAAGCGUCUUGAAAUGUUUGAGCAAAUUGUAGCUCUCAGUCACAAACAACAGAUGGACGAAAAAGCCAAGAAAAAACCAAAAACUCCAGCGAAAAACCUUACGCAAACUAGAGUCAAGAAAAAAAUUGAGCCAAAACAAGAAAUCUCCAUUACUGAUAUUGAAGUCACUUUAAUUAAGGAUGAAAAUGGUCCAAAGACAGUUAUGAAAAAUGUUGAGUAUUUGGACAAACUUGCGAAUACUAUUAAGGUGAAUCAAACUGCAUUCAAAACAAAAUCAGCAAAAAUUGUGCAGACCUCUCUCAAAAUUUUGGCAAAAGCUCUCGAAAAAUGCGAAGAAGAAGAUUCUGAUAACCUCAUCGACGCAAACAUCGUAACAAGUCUUUUAGCAUUUCUGAAAGAAUUUGCAGGAGCUAAAUUCGAUACAAAACCUACAGUUCAAGAUGCUCUCAUUGCUCUUCAUUUUGCACUUCCAUACGGUAUUGAAAAUAUCUCGUCUGUCAUCACAGAUUUCUUCACAAUUUUACCUGCGCUAGUUGAUUAUAGAUAUGACAGCACCCUGUCUGUCCAAAUAUAUACAAUGAAAUGUCUCAAAGAAUUAUCAACCAAAAUCGGUUUCGUACCGUUCCAAACAAGCCAAGUAUUCGAAUCCUUGAAAGAAUUGCAAUGGCAUGAUGCUGUAUGCACCUGUCUAGAUUUAAAAAUUGUAAAGACCGAGAAAAAGUUCGUUCAACACUUAACAACAACGGCCAUUAAGGCACUAGCAGAACUUGUUCAUCCUGUGGAAGGAGAAAUUUUCCAAUUUCCUUCAAUUUUCCAAACUGAAAAUACUCUAAGCACAGAAAUAAUUGAGUGUAGUCAAGACAACACCAUAAGAGCGGCUCUAGCAAAAGCAGCCUUGAAACAAAAUAUUCUCCCAGUUUUGACAGAGCUCUUUACACAUCAAGAGGCAAAUGUGAGGGUGGCAGCACUGAGAACUACGUACCAACUCUGCAGAUUUUCAACCGAAUUUUCUCAUCAAAUUUCAACAGAUACCUCUAUUUUGCAAUCAUUAAUAAGCCUUGUAAAGGAUACAACUGAUAUUAAGGCAAUGUAUGAGACAGAAUUGUCUGCUCUGACGAUUUCAAUUAUUUUCAAGGACUCUCCGAAAAUAAUUAGCCAACUUGGAAAAGAUACUGAUGCUUUGGUUGGAAAUUGUAUCGUCAUGAUUAACACAUCUCUUGACGAAAGGCUGAAAUGUUUUUGUGUACUUUUACUUUCUCGGCUCGCUCAAGAUACUUCAUUGAAGAAGAGGAUUAUUUCCGAGUUAUUAACACCUGUAGGCUUGGGUAAAAUUAAUGAUAUCCUUAUCAAAGAUUUUUCCAUUUAUCAGUUGCAUGAAGUCAAACGAGUGGAAGGAUCUGGCUUUGGAUUCCCAGAUGUCGGUCUGUUGGAUGGUGUCAUUACAUUAUUCAAUCAGGUGUCUGAAUUAUGGAAUGUCUCAUUUAACAAUUUGCUUGUUAAAACCGGGACUUGGAAAUCUGUAUGUGAAAGACUAAAGUCAAGCGACAUUGAACUCUCUACCGACGCGGUCCUUGCAUCCCUGAAAUUAAUGUAUGACAUUGCAACAGGUAAUCCUGAGAAUAUUGCCAAUUUGGUUGGAGAUAUGAGCAUAGUAAGAGCACUAAUUCAAGCCUUAAAGGACAAAAUUUUACAAUCUUUUUCAAAAUGGCCAGUAUCACGAAACGGAGGAGGCAUCUAUUUAAGCAAUCUAAUCAAUGCAACCGUUGGAUUUUUACAUUUACUUUACAACCAAGCCAGUAUGCAGGAAAAAGAAAAUGAAAAAUUAUUGGCUGAGUUGAUUAAGAUCAUGCACAAAGAAGAGCUUGUGAAAUACUGCAUUUCCAUUUUGGAUUUUGUGUCAAUGGAUAAUUUUGGAUCAUCGUUAAACUUUUUGGCAAGCAUGGUUUUAACAUCAAACUAUUUUACUAAGCAAUACAUUAAGUAUGGAGGAUUACAACCCGAGUUUGUUCAGAAAGUAAUUGAUCCUUCCAAUCCUCCUGCUAUUAUCAUGGAUGGACUUUCAAUUCUGAGCCAAAUCGCAAGAAUGAGCAAAGAUUACUACAAACAAAUUCAUCAAGCUAAAAUUUAUACCAUCAUUAAGGAGUUAUUACGACACAAGGAGAGCGAAGUGAGAGCAAAAGUUUGCAACCUUAUCGGUAACAUGUGCCGACACUCAGCAUUCUUCUAUGAAGCUUUAGAACAAUAUUCUCUCAUUCCGGAUCUUAUUCAGCGAUGUAAGGACUUGGACGCAAACACUCGUAAAUUUGCUUGCUUUGCAAUUGGAAACGCUUGCUUCCACAAUAAUAACUUGUACAAACCAUUGGCUCCAUGCAUUCCACCCCUUAUUGACUUGCUGUCUGAAAAUUCAGAUGAAAAGACAAAGGCCAAUGCUGCGGGAGCUCUCGGGAAUCUGGUUAGAAAUUCAAAUGAAUUAGUGAAAGACUUGCUUAAAAGUGGAGCUAUUGAAGCAUUGGUCAAGACGCUGAAUGACGAGAAUUCCAGUGCUAAAAAAAUUGCCUUAUUUUCUUUAGGUAACUUUUGUCAAUAUGAUGAAUGUUGUGUGAUGUUGAAACAACUGAACUUUGAAAAAACUAUUGCAGAAAUAAUGACGAAGAACCAAGACGAUGCAGGCGUCCAAAAGUAUUGCUCUCGAAUUCAGGCCAAUCUCUCAAAAAUAACCUUAUAA